AUGCAGCUCUCUGCAAGGCUCCUGCGUGUUCUCGCCAUCCUCCUUGUCGCCCUGCCGUCGCGCUCCGCGGGCCACGCGGCAAAUGAUGCGGUGGGUGGCGGCGACGACAGGCCGUCCCCGCCGUGCUCGCCCGCGGACCGGGCCGCGCUGCUCGGCUUCAAGGCCGGCGUCGCCGCGGACACCACGGGCAUCCUCGCCACGUGGGCGGGCGGCGACUGCUGCGGCGCGUGGGAGGGCGUCACCUGCGACGCCGCCACGGGGAGGGUCGUGGCGCUGCAGCUCGAGGCGCCGCCGCCCAAGGACCGCCACUACAUGGAGGGUGCCCUGUCCCCGUCCCUCGGCGGCCUCGAGUUCCUGGAGGCCCUGGUGAUCCGCGACAUGGGCAGGAUCGGGGGCGCCAUCCCGGCGGCCCUGUCGCGGCUGACGCGCCUCCGGGCGCUCUACCUCGAGGGCAACAUGCUCGCCGGGGCCAUCCCGGGGAGCCUCGGCAAGCUGGGCUCCCUCCAGUACCUGUCGCUCGCCGGCAACCGGCUGGAGGGGCAGCUGCCGCCGGAGCUCGGGGCCAUCUCCGGCCUGGAGCAGAUCAAUGUCGCCCGGAACCGCCUCUCCGGCGCCGUGCCUCCGAGCUACAAGGGUCUUUCGAGGUUGGCGUACCUUGAUCUGAGCAACAACCUCUUUUCUGGCGCAGUGCCCGGGUUCAUCGGUCUGUUCAAGAACCUGGCCUUGCUGGACCUCAGCAACAACAGCUUCUCCGGUGAGAUACCGGCUUCACUCUGCACCUUGCACAGCCUGACAGAUUUGUCACUGAGCCAUAACAAGCUUGGUGGCCAGAUUCCACCCCAGAUGGGCAGCCUCCAGUCUCUGAAUUCGUUGGCCAUGGAUGGCAACAUGCUUGUAGGCUCCAUUCCAGCAUCACUCCUUGGCCUGCAGAAACUGUGGUACAUGAACCUGUCAAGGAACGGAAUCACCGGUGCCCUGCCUGAAUUCACCCGCGGCGCAGGGCUGAACUGGCUUGACAUCUCAAGCAACGCCAUCGGCGGCCAGAUACCGAGCUCGAUCUCGAAACUGAGCAGCCUGGAGAGGCUAGACAUCUCCAGGAACCGAGUCAGGGGCGUCAUCCCUGCAUCCAUGGCAGAGAUGGUGAGCUUGGAAUGGUUGGACUUGUCCAGCAACGCGCUCGUCGGGAGGAUACCGGACAACUUCACAAGACUCACAAGUGUGAGGCACGCGAGCUUUAGAGGCAACAAGUUGUGUGGGCGGAUACCGCAGGCCAAGCCAUUCAACUUGUUCCGUGCGGCCGCGUAUGCGCACAACCUGUGCCUAUGCGGUAAGCCGUUGCCACCAUGCAGGAAGAUAUGAGAAAAAGGGAUGUCAAGGUGUUGGGUGACGAGUCAAAAGAAAUGUUACCUACUGUUUCCAGAAAGGGUGUGGAGAUAACAAUGUUGGACUGUUAGUUCAGUUUAGAGUACCUCUAUGUGUGUCUACUAUGCAAAUUUGUUUCUAUUGUAAAAAAAGAAGUGCAAAUAAGAGCCUUUUAUAUUGG